ACGUCUGGUGUGUGUUUGUUUAAAAAAACUGUCCAAAUGUGAUGUAUAUGGAAUCUGGGUCAGCUGUAGCUGGUUAGUGCACUUCUGCAUGUGAGAGUAAAACACUGCAGUUUCAAAGAGGCAUUGCUUUCUUUUUUUUUUCUGGAAUAAAACAUACUGGAACUUUCCCCCCCCCCCCCCGCUAUUAUUUUUAAAUGAUUUAAAUAGCUCAGUCAUCGCAUGGAGAAACCCAAUUCCUCAGUACAGCUUGGAUCUAACAGAGAAAGACAAAAGCAGUUUUCAACUCCAACUGCAGAUUAACAAUCCACAACAUCGGGUAACACAGAGACAACGCAACUUGGCCUCUGGAUUCUCCAUCUACCACAGAAGCAAAACAGCUGCAAGAUUCCCCCCACCCCCCCUUGUCUUCUGAAGGUCAUCAUACCUGCUUCAGAAUGAAGAUACUUAAAUGGACUUUGGGUGUGUUGUUGUUCCUACUCCUGUCUAUUGGGCGCUGUACCGAACAAUCAACGCUCAAUAAGACAUCCCAACGGAGGCAUCCUCGUUCAGCAGACAGUGGAGAGGAAGGAAAGAAAUGUGGUUACACCUUCCUGGUCCCUGAACAAAAGAUCACAGGGCCAAUUUGUGUGAAUACUAACGAACCAGGUACUGGUAACAGAAAAGAUGAAGUCACAAGAAUGGACAUAGAGAACUUGAAGGAUGUGCUGUCCAAGCAAAAGCGGGAGAUUGACAUCUUGCAGUUGGUGGUGGAUGUGGAUGGAAACAUCGUGAAUGAAGUCAAGUUACUGAGGAAGGAAAGCCGUAAUAUGAACUCUCGGGUCACUCAACUCUAUAUGCAACUCUUGCAUGAGAUAAUUCGAAAGCGUGAUAACUCUCUUGAACUUUCCCAACUGGAAAACAAAGUCCUUAAUGUUACAACAGAAAUGUUGAAGAUGGCAACAAAAUACAAGGAGCUUGAAGUCAAAUAUGCAGCACUGACUGAUCUUGUAAAUAAUCAGUCUGUGAUUAUCUCCCUCCUGGAAGAGCAGUGCUUGAGAAUCUUCUCACGGCAGGACACCCAUGGGUCUCCACCGCUUGUCCAGGUGGUGCCCCAGCACAUUCCCAACAGUCAGCCAUAUACCCCUGUUCUUCUGGGAGGUAAUGAGAUACAGCGAGACCCGGGUUACCCUCGAGACAGAGAAGUAAGACCACCACCUGAUCCAGCUACUUCGCCUACAAAGAGUCCUUUCAGAGUACCACCGCUGGCUUUAAUUAACGAAGGUCCAUUCAAAGACUGCCAACAAGCCAAAGAAGCUGGGUAUUCCAACAGCGGGAUUUAUAUGAUUAAGCCUGAAAACAGUAAUGAACCGAUGCAGCUAUGGUGUGAGAACAGCUUGGACCCUGGAGGAUGGGCAGUUAUUCAGAAGAGGACAGAUGGCUCUGUCAACUUUUUCAGGAACUGGGACAGUUACAAGAAAGGAUUUGGAAACAUUGAUGGAGAAUACUGGCUGGGACUAGAAAACAUUUACAUGCUUACCAAUCAGGAUAACUACAGACUACUGAUUGAAUUAGAGGACUGGAGCAAUAAGAAGGUCUAUGCAGAAUACAGCAGUUUCCGCUUGGAGCCCGAAAAUGAGUUCUACAGGCUACGCUUAGGAACAUACCAAGGAAACGCAGGCGAUUCCAUGAUAUGGCACAACGGAAAGCAGUUUACAACACUGGACAGAGACAGGGAUAUGUAUUCAGGAAACUGCGCUCAUUUCCACAAAGGCGGCUGGUGGUACAACGCGUGCGCACAUUCGAAUCUCAAUGGCGUCUGGUACAGAGGCGGCCACUACAGGAGCAAGUAUCAGGAUGGGAUAUUUUGGGCUGAGUACCGGGGAGGUUCCUACUCCUUGAAAGCAGUUCAGAUGAUGAUCAGACCUAUAGACUGAGGAGGAAAAUCCCACAGUGCUCAAGCAAUCAAGUAUAAACUUCUCAGCGCUUGAGUUCCAGAAAAAUAAAAUAUUACUUUAAAAUCAUUAUUUUGCACAAUCUGCCCCUGCAAAAUGCAGGCCUAUGAUUUUCCUGUCUUUUUCCCAAGUUGUGUUCCCCAUCCUACCUCCCCUUUUUUCCCCCCACAGAAACUUUUUCUACUGUAAACGACAGUGUUUUUUUUAAACAUACAUUCACAAAAGCAAAUGUUCAAAUUUGCAAAGCAUAUUUAUCUUUUUUCAAGUCCAACAUACUUUAUGCAAACAGUCAUUAAGGCUGGUAAAAAAAAAAAAAAAUCCAGAAAAAUGACAAGAUAUAAGCUUUUUCAGUUAAAAAGCUUAUGCUUUUUCAGGUCAGCUCAACCCUUAAAUGUAAAUAUGUGAAAUGACAUUGUCUUGCUUUAAUGUGAAAAUCGAUUAGUUAUUUAACAAUUUAUUUAAAAACGUUGGUAUUACUUUCAAUGAAAAUCUGACUUCACAUUACUGUUUAAGAUUUACUCCAGGAAGCUACCCAAAAAAUUGAAGGCAUUCUAGCUUUCCAGCUAAGGGAGGUUUUUCAACCAAUAAUUAUUUCAAAAUGAAGUGGUUAAUUAAACAUAAAAUAUAAAAUUUCUUAAUGGUGUAGAAAAUUCCUUAAGACCUGCAUAUCCUACCUUCUGUAGAAUACCUACACAGUGUUCCUCGUGUAAGAAAAAGAAAUGAAUUGCAUGAAGCGGUUGAUAAACUCAAGACAACCAAACUGAUUUUUUAAUUUUUUUUUUUUUUUUUUUUUUUUAAACUUUCCCCUUUCAAACAUCCUACUUAAACAAAAACAUCUCUUGAUACUUUGAACUUAGAUGGCAAAAUGAAAAGUGCUGAUAAUACAAUCAUGGCUUGACACUUGGAGACCCCUCUCCUGCUCCAGUUAGGAGUGAUGAGGUCUGAACAGAUGUCCACAUGCAGUGGUUUACAGGACCACAUCUCUGCAUAUUAACAGAAGUUUUCCUCCAACACAGCUUUCUGCUGACAUAGAUUAGGAAUUAGCUCCGAGUGUAUUCUCCCUGCCACCCCCAAACUUGGGCUGCUCUUACAACAUAUUUCCUCUUCCCCUCUGUAGGUACUACUAUGAUAUUCUCUAUUAAUUUUUUUUUUUUUUGCCUUCUGGGUAUCUAUUUCCACUGGGAUUAAUAUGUAAUUUUCCCAACUUUGAAGAAAUGCCAUAAAAGAUACUUAAAAAAAUCUGAAACAAAAUGUUCACUUUAGGUACUAGAAUCUAUACAAUCAGAAGGAAGAUUUUAGUCUCAAAAUGAUUCAAUAACCGGAAUUAGCUAUACAGUUUAUCUAAUUUAAUCUGAUACCACACAAAAUUAAUAUGUUCUGAAUUGUAACCAAUGCAUUUGUUUGGUACUUCAUGUAUUCCUUCAGAAUCUUAAAUAACUUUUUCCCUGUUUAACCUAAGAAACGCUAAUAGAAGAAUCUAAUAUUGUCGUUAUGUUUAAAUUAAUCAAUACCUAAUGUUGUUGUCUGAAUUGAUUGAUACCAGCAGCUAGGAAAAACAUUGUUUGCAAUUCAAAGGAGAGAAAAUAACAUUUUGGUUUCAAAACACAUUCUCUAGAUAAAGCUUCACUGAUCAUUAUAUGGCUGAAAGGGUUGUAGUUAGACUUUUGGUCAAAGCUAACGCGUCUCUGUGUUUCAUCAAUAUUUAAGUGAGGGCAGGGGAAGGGGAAAAAAAGACGAUCAGUCCCAACAUAUUUCGUUCCCAAAUCACAAGAAUUUCAACUGGCACAAACAUUUAAGAUUACAAUCCUGAUACUGGUCUUCACAUAAGGAGUAUGUUUGUUACAAAUGCUGUACAGUGUUCUAUAAAAUUCUUUUUAAUCGCAAAUGCUUGAAAUUCAGACCAUCUGUAGUCUCUUCUUUUUUCUAUGAUAGCUGGUUAGAAAAGCAGUUCAGGUAAAUUUAAAAACUGAAAAUGCCCUUUGAAAUGAAAUGGUCUUUAACGAACACUUUUGUCAGGUCUAGUUGCUUCAACCUACAGAUUGGGUCUCCUUGGAAGACAUCUUACUCUACCACAAGAAUCUAUUGCCUGCUACAAAAAUACUGUUUGUUUAUUCAGAACAGUCAGUGAAAGGUGUAUUUUACAGCCACCCCCUCAAGUGAAAUUAGCUGGCAAUCAGCCCUUAAAUUUAAUCUUAUAUAUUAGAAGCCUGAAAUAGUCUCCCUUGAUUUAAAGCUACAGAAUGAAGUUAACUAAAAAUGACUAUAAACAUACCUAGAAAAUUCCGACUGCACAAAUGCCGUGCUCUUAGAAGAAAGAAUUCACAUUAAGUUGCCAGUUUGUGAUUAUAAGAAGGGACAGUGUGACACCUCUUCCUCAGGUUGGUUCGCACUGCAUAAUACUUUACACUACUUUCAGAUACCUGCAAUUCUAUCAGUUCUUAAUGUUUGGUUCAAAUCUUCUAAAGCAGGGUAAGCAACUCAGAAAACUUCAUAUUUUAUUUCACAUUUUUCUGAAACGCUUUUCAGAAGAGGCUGUAGCAUCCCUGAAGUUUUUUGCACUGGACAUUCAGAAGCCAUCUGUCACUGCAGGACAGAGCUUUCACCAUUUGUGUAUUCUCAGUCCAAAUAUAACUAAAUAGACCUUGAAAAAGUUUAACCUGUACUAAAGCCUGAAACAGUUUGCAAAAAUAUCUCCAAAGUCUAUUUGCAAGCAUUAUCACUGAGCUGAAUAUUCAGCAGAUGGAUACUUUAAUAACCUACCUGUUUUUUUCCAUUUCUGGAUAUAGUUCCUGAAAGACAACUGUAAGGAAAUAUUUCACAGGGUAGUACUGCUUAGUUAAAUAAAAAACUUACUUCAA